AAGGAAAUUUCCUGAGUGCAUACAAGUAUAUAUAACCCGACAAGGCCACAACCCACAAGUGCAGCCCCAAAUAACAGAUUUCUGCUAAACACACACAUCUGCUCUUUGAUUCAAAAUUCACGAUCCGACGGUGAGAUCGAAGCAGACAUCCCAAAAUGAACGACUCAGAUGUCUCCAAGCAGAUCCAGCAGAUGGUUCAAUUCAUUCGUCAAGAAGCUGAAGAGAAGGCCAACGAGAUCUCCGUUUCUGCUGAAGAAGAAUUCAAUAUUGAGAAGUUGCAAAUAGUGGAAGCGGAGAAGAAGAAGAUCAAACAAGAGUACGAGCGCAAGCAGAAGCAAGUCGAAGUCCGUAAAAAGAUUGAGUAUUCAAUGCAGCUCAAUGCUUCUCGGAUCAAAGUUCUUCAAGCUCAAGAUGACUUGGUUGCUUCCAUGAAGGAGGCAGCAUCAAAGGAGCUUUUGAAUGUCGGCCAUCAUAGUUUUUUUCACCAUCAUAAGUAUGAUGCACUCAUGAAAGCUCUUCUAGUGCAGAGUUUACUUAGACUGAAAGAACCUGCUGUCUUGUUGCGUUGUCGUAAAGAGGAUAUUGGGGUGGUCGAGGAUGUUUUAGGCUCUGCUGUGGAGGAAUACGCAAGGAAAGCAAAUGUUCAUGAACCUGAAGUUAUUAUUGAUAGGGUCCAUCUCCCCGGACCUCCCUCUAGCCACCAUGCUCAUGGUCCCUCCUGCUCUGGAGGUAUAGUGAUGGCUUCUCGGGAUGGAAAAAUUGUGAUUGAGAAUACUCUUGAUGCUAGAUUGGAGGUUUUGUUUCGCAAGAAACUCCCAGAGAUUCGCAAAAAACUCUUUUCUCAAGUUGCUGCUGCUUGAUUGGGGAAGGGGGUGUGACUAUUUUUUACGGGGCAGGAGCUGCAAUGCAGGUGGCGAGGGUUGAGACUGGUUUAGGACCAUUUGAUGUGUUUCUAGAACUCUAUCCUUGUGUGAUUCAUUAUUUCUUUUGUAUCUGAAUGCUGGCUGUGCUGCAGCUGAUAUAUGACUGAGACACAACAAAGGACUUCUUUGUCCAGAAUAAGAGUAUUCAGUGUGGUUUCAGCUGAUGCUAUGUUAAUGGUUGAUGCAACUUAAACUUGAUUAAGUUCCGUUUCAAGAUUAUAAUAUACAGUUAUCACCCAUGGUUA